UCCUUUGCGCUCGCUCACUCGCUCGCUCGCUAGCCCUCGGCGCAUGGGCCCCGCGCCGGGCCCCGGGGCCUCGGGUUGCGGGGCCGCCGGGGUCCCCUAGACCAGGGCGUGGGCGGGGCAGCCCAGCCUGACACAACUCUGUACCCCAACACCACUACCAGGGCCGGCGGCGGCGGCUGCCCCGAGGGACGGGGCCCUAGGCGGUGGCGAUGGGGGCCGCCCGGAUCGCGCCCGGCCUGGCGCUCCUGCUCUGCUGCCCGGUGCUCAGCUCCGCAUACGCGCUGGUGGACGCAGAUGAUGUCAUGACCAAAGAGGAGCAGAUCUUCCUGCUGCACCGAGCCCAGGCCCAAUGCGAGAAGCGACUCAAAGAAGUCCUCCAGAGGCCAGCCACAUCCCUCGUUUCUCCAGCUGACAUAAUGGAGUCAGACAAGGGAUGGGCAUCCGCAUCCACAUCAGGGAAGCCCAGGAAAGAGAAGACAUCUGGGAAAGUCUACCCUGAGUCUGAGGAGGACGAGGAGGUGCCCACAGGCAGCAGGCACAGAGGGCGCCCUUGCCUGCCUGAGUGGGACCACAUCCUGUGCUGGCCACUGGGGAUGCCAGGUGAGGUGGUGGCGGUGCCCUGUCCUGACUACAUUUAUGACUUCAAUCACAAAGGCCAUGCCUACCGCCGCUGUGACCGCAACGGCAGCUGGGAGCUGGUGCCUGGGCACAACCGGACAUGGGCAAACUACAGCGAGUGCGUCAAGUUCCUGACCAAUGAGACUCGGGAACGGGAGGUGUUUGACCGCCUGGGCAUGAUCUACACCGUGGGCUACUCGGUGUCGCUGGCCUCCCUCACCGUGGCGGUGCUCAUCCUGGCCUACUUCAGGCGGCUGCACUGCACGCGCAACUACAUCCACAUGCACCUGUUCCUGUCCUUCAUGCUUCGGGCCGUGAGCAUCUUCGUCAAGGACGCGGUGCUCUACUCCGGAGCCACGCUCGAUGAGGCUGAGCGCCUCACGGAGGAAGAGCUGCGGGCCAUCGCCCAGGCGCCCCCGCCACCCUCUGCCACCGCCGGCUACGCGGGCUGCCGGGUGGCUGUGACCUUCUUCCUUUACUUCCUGGCCACCAACUACUACUGGAUUCUGGUGGAGGGGCUGUACCUACACAGCCUCAUCUUCAUGGCCUUCUUCUCAGAGAAGAAGUACCUGUGGGGCUUCACGAUCUUCGGCUGGGGUCUGCCUGCCAUCUUCGUGGCUGUGUGGGUCAGUGUGAGAGCUACCCUGGCCAAUACUGGGUGCUGGGACUUGAGCUCCGGGAACAAGAAGUGGAUUAUCCAGGUGCCCAUCCUGGCCUCCAUUGUGCUCAACUUCAUCCUCUUCAUCAACAUCGUCCGGGUGCUCGCCACCAAGCUGCGGGAGACCAAUGCUGGCCGCUGUGACACCCGGCAGCAGUACCGGAAGCUGCUCAAAUCCACGCUGGUGCUCAUGCCGCUCUUCGGCGUCCACUACAUCGUCUUCAUGGCCACGCCGUACACCGAGGUCUCAGGGACACUCUGGCAAGUCCAGAUGCACUACGAGAUGCUCUUCAACUCCUUCCAGGGAUUUUUUGUCGCCAUCAUAUACUGCUUCUGCAAUGGUGAGGUACAGGCAGAGAUCAAGAAAUCCUGGAGCCGCUGGACUCUGGCACUGGACUUCAAGCGCAAGGCACGCAGCGGGAGCAGCAGCUACAGCUAUGGCCCAAUGGUGUCCCACACGAGUGUGACCAACGUAGGGCCCCGAACAGGACUUGGCCUGCCCCUCAGCCCCCGCCUGCUGCCUGCCACCACCACCAACGGUCACCCCCAGCUGCCUGGCCAUGCCAAACCAGGGGCCCCAGCACUCCAGACCACACCACCUGCUGUGGCUACACCCAAGGACGAUGGCUUCCUCAACGGCUCUUGCUCAGGCCUGGACGAGGAGGCAUCGGGGCCAGAGCGGCCACCCACCUUGCUGCAGGAAGAGUGGGAGACCGUCAUGUGACCAGAGACCCAAGAGUUGGACCUAUGGACAUGAGGGACCAAGAAAUGGGUGGUUGGACAGUUGCCCGCUCAGGACUGAGGCCAGGAGGACAAAACAGAAAAAAAGAAAAAAAAAAAAAAGAAAAGGGAAAAGGAAGCAGUGUGUGGUCUGGACUGGGGACACAUUCCAGCAGGGAAGGGGGCCGAGAGCCCAAGAGGUUUGUGGCUGGUGCCUCAGGAUGGGGUGUCUGUGAACCACAGGCAGGUCCUUAGGGUGGGGAACAGUCCAGCAGAAAGGCUGGAAGGAAAGGCUUCUUCGGCCUAGCAAGGCUCAGAUCUGCAGGGUAGUGCAGGGACCCCACACACCCACAGGGGACCUGGGCCCCAGCCUUCCCCCGCCGUCACUGCCCUCUCGGCUGCUCACCACACUGUGCCCAGUCUCCAUGAGGACCCAGGCUGCCUCUGGCCCAUCUCCUAUAGACCAGCCCCCUCCACCUGCUGGUUCCCAGUCAGGGUCAGCAAGCACUAGCAGGAAAAUGCUCAGGGUCCUGCACCCUCUGUCCAGUUACUAGAAGCAUGUCAGGUCCAGGCUGGGGGCUGGGGGUUCUGUGCAGAGGGGGUUCCC